AUGGAGGGCGAACGACGUGCACAUGUCCAUGAAUCCCAUGAGGAGGAUCAGCGUAGCUGGGGAGGUGACUUUGAUCCUUUCGCUGACCCCGAGGAACGACGGGUCCUUUUUGCUGCAUUUGACUCGUUCAGACAAUACCGGCGAAGUGCUCAUCAGAACACGACACAUCGCCGGCGACAGGCCUUCUACGCCUUACCUUCAGAGCACUGGCAAAUGCUGUCUGAGCCACCAUUCUCCAUUCUAGAUCACUUCAACAAGGUUGAUGAUGCCAUCGACACUAAUGCUGAGAUUGCCGACGCAAUCCUGGUCGUCGGUCUCGAGUCCUUUGGCCUUUCCGCCAACCCAGACAAAGACGACCCAACCCAGAACUGGCACGGGACUGCGACAUCAGCCGACGUGAACAAAGCCCACUCGACCAUCCGGCAGUUCUAUCGCGACUGGAGCGCCGAAGGUCGCAUCGAGCGCGAGGUCUGCUACGAUCCGGUCCUCCAGGACCUGCGCAAAGAGUUCCAGACGCGUCGUGACGCUGGCGAGGAGAUCCGGGUCUUGGUCCCUGGUGCCGGGUUGGGCCGGUUGGUCUUCGAGGUCUGUAUGGCUGGAUUUGCAGCGGAAGGCAACGAGAUCUCGUACCACCAGUUACUGGCCAGUAGUUGGAUUCUCAACCAUACCAAAGGGCCUCAGGCGCACGCGCUUCAUCCUUUUGCGCUACACUUCUCCAAUCUCAAGUCUCGUGCGCAGCAAUUGCGGUCCGUCAUGGUCCCCGAUGUGCACCCUGGAACAGCAAUCGAGGCAGCGGGCUCGAAUAGCAGCCCACUUGGGACGAUGUCGAUGUCCGCAGCGGACUUUGUGGUUUUAUACUCGCAGCCCGAUAACCGAGAGGCUUUCGACGCGGUGGCAACGGUGUUCUUUAUUGACACGGCGCCUAAUCUGAUUCGGUACAUCGAGGCAAUGAAAAAUUGUCUCAAGCCCAAUGGACUCUGGAUCAAUGUGGGACCGUUGUUGUGGCAUUUCGAAGAUGGGCAGCACCGCAAAGAUGGUGAUGGUGAUGCGGCGGGAAUUGGCGAGCCGGGAAAUGUGGAGUUGACCGAGGAGGAGGUGGUUUGUCUCGUUCAACGCAUGGGAUUCCGUUUCGAGACAUUGCCGGGCGAUCGGCGGUAUUGCGGCUACAUCCAGGAUGAGGAUAGCAUGCUUCAGAACCUGUACAGGCCUUCGCAUUGGGUAGCGCGGAAAGUGGCUGAGGCUGGCGAUUCCUGA